CCGGCGGCGGAAAACGCAGCGGAGCCGGAGCCGGGACUCGGCUGUGGCCGCUGUCCCUGUACCCGCCACGGAUAGCCGUGGCUUCAGUCUGAAGGUCGGUCCGGAGGCGGGUGGGCGCGAGGCUCCCCCGGAGUGUCCGGGUGGCAGCCUCCCCAGGCCCCCCGGGCUUCGCGAGGGAUCAUGUCUACAGCCUCCGCUGCUUCCUCCUCUUCUUCGUCUUCGGCUGGUGAGAUGAUCGAAGCCCCCUCCCAAGUCCUCAACUUUGAAGAGAUCGACUACAAGGAGAUCGAGGUGGAAGAGGUUGUUGGAAGAGGAGCCUUUGGAGUGGUUUGCAAAGCUAAGUGGAGAGCAAAAGAUGUUGCUAUUAAACAAAUAGAAAGUGAAUCUGAGAGGAAAGCUUUUAUUGUAGAGCUUCGACAGUUAUCCCGUGUGAACCAUCCUAAUAUUGUAAAGCUAUAUGGAGCCUGCUUGAAUCCCGUGUGUCUUGUGAUGGAAUAUGCUGAAGGGGGCUCUUUAUAUAAUGUGCUGCAUGGUGCUGAACCAUUGCCAUAUUACACUGCUGCCCAUGCAAUGAGUUGGUGUUUACAGUGUUCCCAAGGAGUGGCUUAUCUUCACAGCAUGCAACCCAAAGCUCUAAUUCACAGGGACCUGAAACCACCAAACUUGCUGCUGGUUGCAGGCGGGACAGUAUUAAAAAUCUGUGACUUUGGUACAGCCUGUGAUAUUCAGACUCAUAUGACCAAUAACAAGGGGAGUGCUGCUUGGAUGGCACCUGAAGUUUUUGAAGGUAGCAAUUACAGUGAAAAAUGUGAUGUCUUCAGCUGGGGUAUUAUCCUUUGGGAAGUAAUAACACGUCGGAAACCCUUUGAUGAGAUUGGUGGCCCAGCUUUCCGUAUUAUGUGGGCUGUUCAUAACGGUACUCGACCACCACUGAUCAAAAAUUUACCUAAGCCCAUUGAGAGCCUGAUGACUCGUUGUUGGUCUAAAGAUCCUUCUCAGCGCCCUUCAAUGGAGGAAAUUGUGAAAAUAAUGACUCACUUGAUGCGGUACUUUCCAGGAGCAGAUGAGCCAUUACAGUAUCCUUGUCAGUAUUCAGAUGAAGGACAGAGCAACUCUGCUACCAGUACAGGCUCGUUCAUGGACAUCGCUUCUACAAAUACCAGUAAUAAAAGUGACACUAAUAUGGAGCAAGUUCCUGCCACAAAUGAUACUAUUAAACGCUUAGAAUCAAAAUUGUUGAAAAAUCAGGCAAAGCAACAGAGUGAAUCGGGACGUUUAAGCUUGGGAGCUUCCCGUGGGAGCAGUGUGGAGAGCUUGCCCCCAACCUCUGAGGGCAAGAGGAUGAGUGCUGACAUGUCUGAAAUAGAAGCCAGGAUUGCUGCGACCACAGCCUAUUCCAAGCCUAAACGGGGCCACCGUAAAACUGCUUCAUUUGGCAACAUUCUGGAUGUCCCUGAGAUCGUCAUAUCAGGAGGAAAAAAAAACUCACCCGUAAGCAGUAGGUCAUCCAGUCCUAGCGUCAGAAUGAUCACUACCUCAGGACCAACUUCAGAAAAGCCAACUCGAAGUCAUCCAUGGACUCCUGAUGAUUCCACAGAUACCAAUGGAUCAGAUAACUCUAUCCCAAUGGCUUAUCUUACACUGGAUCACCAACUACAGCCUCUAGCACCGUGCCCAAACUCCAAAGAAUCUAUGGCAGUGUUUGAACAGCAUUGUAAAAUGGCACAAGAAUAUAUGAAAGUUCAAACAGAAAUUGCAUUGUUAUUACAGAGAAAGCAAGAACUAGUUGCAGAACUGGACCAGGAUGAAAAGGACCAGCAAAAUACAUCUCGUCUGGUACAGGAACAUAAAAAGCUUUUAGAUGAAAACAAAAGUCUUUCUACUUAUUACCAGCAAUGCAAAAAACAACUAGAGGUCAUCAGAAGUCAGCAGCAAAAACGACAAGGCACUUCAUGAUUCUCUGGGACCUUUAAAUUUUAAAAUAUGCAAAGAAAGACUUUUUUUUUUUUUUUUUUUUUAAAGCAAACAAAAGCCCUUAUAAUGACAGUUCAUGAGUGUUAGCUUUUGGGCGUGUUCUGAAUGCCAACUGCCUAUAUUUGCUGCAUUUUGUUUCAUCGUUUAUUUUCUUUUUCUCAUGGUGGACAUGCAAUUCAACUGUCUCCUUGCAUAACAUGGGGGCAUCUGUGACUUGAAUAAGCAGCAGUUCUCAACUUCAGAACAGAUGCAGUGAACCAUGGCUGUAUAUGCAUGCUCAUUGUGUGAAGGCUAGCCUAACAAAAACGGGGUAUCAAACUAGCUGCUAUGUGCAAACAUCGUCUUUUUUUCGAGGUGGAACCUCAAGAAUGAUUUUGUUCUUGUAUCUCAUCUCAAAAAACAAUUUUUUUUCCAAAAGAUGGUAUAUACCAAGUUAAAGACAGGGUAUUAUAAAUCUAGAAUAAUCAGUGGUACAUUAAUAGAAAUGCAGAACAUUUAGGGAUAGUUGCAGGUGAGGGCUCUGAUGCCAGCAUCCUUCAAUCAGUACUGAACUUAGUUCCAUCCAUAAAAUAUUGAAAGGUAAGUGGCGGCUGCUGUAUUUAAUAAAAGCAUAUUUCAUUGGACUAAAAUUUGACUAUGAUACACUGAACAAAAUGGAACCCUUUUUUUUAAGAUAAAAAGAUUUUUAAUUUUGUGAUUGCGUGUAUGUGUUGAAACUGUAAAGAUUUUAUCACUCUAAUAUUAUUAUCUCUUAAAUGAAAUUAAAAGGUAAAUGAACACGAUCCAGCUUAAAUGAUCAUUCCUUCCUGCAAUGAUUAUUGGAUUGUUUUAGUGUAUAUUUGAAAAACUAAAGAGAAAUAAUGGAAAAUGGAAAUAAUUGCUCCAGCUAAAAGGCUUGGGCUUAGAUUUCUUUUAUGAUACCAAAAGAGUAAAAAACCUGGCAAAUCAGGAGAAGUUAGUAAGGAAAUUAAAAAAGUAAAUAUAAAUUCUUCAAGUAUACUAUUUAUCAACAUUGGAAAAUUGAUUUUCCUUGCAAGCCCAUCCUAGAAUGCCUGCUGCCUUUCAACACUUUCAAGGGAAUUUCGACACUUAUAAAGAGAAAAUUUAUAUUGUUAACAAUAACUUUGCUACCAACUUACUUUGAAAAUAAAAGUAAUAAAAAAACUUCAUUGAAAUAAUAGACUAUAUAAGCUCUAUUUUUUCAGUUGGUAUUAAAAUAAAUCACAUUUUGAUACCAGUACAAGGUGUCUUUUAAACAAGGAUGUCAUCAACCUCAUUUUUUAUAGCAUUAAUGUUUUAUGAAGAGAAAAUUAAAAAUGAAAGCAUAAUUGCUGUGAUUAUUAGAAUUAUAUCAUGAUUGUAUUGUAGUUUUGCUCUGUUUCAGAUAAGCAAGUUGAUCUAAGAAGUUAUCAAAACUAUUCUUAAAAAUGCUAAAGCAGGUAACUUUUUCUUCUGUUAUUUUUUUCCUCCUCCCACUGAGUUUUAUAAUGUAUUCCUGUGUAUACAAGCAAUAAAGGUAAAAGACAGUUUGUACUAAACUGUGUCAUUUUUAGCUUCCUCAGAAUCUAUUAUUAGAAAGUUUUCAGUAAAUAAAUGUCUACCAUUACUUUAUUUAAAUAAAAGAAGGGCUAUCAUUCCCAAAUAAUUUGAUUACAUAAUUGGAAGUAUACUGGUCUCAACACAUCAGUAGUAAAAUAAAAUUGGCAUAAAAAAUAACUGUAGACUAAGGAAAGGUAUAACUCAUUCAUAACAUUGCUGCUUGUGAUAUGUAUGUGUCACUCCACUAAAAGGGACCUAGUCACUGUUCAUAGACUUUUCUGAUUAUCUCAGAGCAUGAGAUAUUCAAGUGUGGAUGCUAAUGCUCGACCUUUCCAUUAGGAUUUAAUUUAACAUUAUAGAUUUCAGAUUUUAUUCCUAGUCAUUAACGUGUUUUUGGUAUGUAUUACAUACUUAAAGGGAAAAUAUUAUUAUUACAUGUAAUCACUUCAUAAAAAUCUCCAGUAGGAAAAUGGAAGAAAAUAGUAGUGUUAAGUCAUGGUGCCAAGUGCAAAAAAAGGCUGUUGAGCACUUGCUGGUUUGUUUACAGUAAGUUCCUGGGGAUUCUCAUACUGUAUCCUAGACACUGAGUGUACUUCAGCCUACCUGGUUUUAAAGUAGUUGUGUUGCAAAGCUCAUACUUUUUAAGUCCUGAUUAUCCUUAAUGGGAGAAAAGGGCAGCAGGGAUAAUUAAAAUCCACAGCCAGUUUUAUCCAGCAUCCUCACCCAUCAAACCUUCAAACAGAUUUUAACAGGGAGCCAAAUUUUUCAUUUGUAAAAAAGUUUUACUUUUUAUUCUAACCCUCAUUUUUGGGUAGAAAUGGUGAACCAGACAAACAAGUGGAAUAAAGGCCCUCAUGUAAGAAAUUCACAAACAAUCCCUAAUUACAUUUCAUUUUUUCCUCGAGGGAAAGAUAAAGUCUAGAGAGAGACACUCCUUAGCAUUAAAAAUAACUUUUUUUGAAUCAAAUGAAAAUCAUUUAACAUUACUUUAUAGGAUUACCGCCUGUUGAAGAUAUUUGCUUAAAAGUUGUUUACAAAUGUUUGACUCUUUUACUCAACCAUUUUAGAGUAUUUAAUGUGUUUUUUCCUCCCAAGUUUCUUCCGUGUUCCUAGUUUCAGCUCCUGCUUGUAGCCAGAUAUCACAGGCCUUGCCUGUGAAACACUUUUCUUUCUGUAAGUGUGUGGUUUUCAGCAGUCAGCUCCUCUCUUCAAAUGGUAGGAAGUUCUACUUCUGUCAUUCGGAACAUUUUAUGUAAAACAAUGUAAUGCAGAAAUCCUUGUGCAUACUGUAUACUUGAAGGAAGCUUUUUAGAUUUAUUUUUGUUUGUAAUAAAAUUCAGAUUGUUAUUCUAAA